UUUCAAAACCUUACACAUUAUUCCAUCUCUAACUCUUUUCUCUCCAUAAAAAAUGGAGACCUCUUCCAAAAUGAGGGCUCUCCUCUUCAUUUCAAUGCUCCUCAUUUCCAUUGCCACCCCCAUUCAUGGUUGUCCUUCAUGCUCCAAACCCCCUCCAAAGCACAAAAAGAAACCUCCAACCAAGGGCCCUAUCAAACCUCCGGUUAUCCUUCCACCCAUUGUCAAGCCUCCGGUUACAUUACCGCCAGUAACUCUCCCUCCGAUAUCCGUCCCCGUGCCACCUAUAACCGCCCCACCCGUUAAGCCACCAAUUGACCUACCUCCGGUUGUUAAGCCCCCAAUUGACCUUCCUCCAAUUGUUAAGCCUCCAAUUGACCUUCCUCCUAUCGUUAAACCGCCAAUUGACCUUCCACCGACUAUUGGACCACCAACUAAACCAGGAAGUCCUUGCCCUCCGCCUUCAGCUCCGACAACUUGUCCGAUUGACACUUUAAAGCUUGGUGCUUGUGUGGAUCUUCUUGGUGGGUUGGUACACAUUGGUCUUGGUGACCCAGUUGUGCACAAAUGUUGCCCGGUUUUGGCAGGGCUUGUGGAGGUGGAAGCUGCGGCUUGUCUUUGCACCACCUUGAAGCUAAAGCUUCUUAACUUGAAUAUCUUUGUCCCUAUUGCUCUUGAACUACUUGUUACCUGUGGGAAGACACCACCUCCUGGCUUUACCUGCACCAUCUAGAUGAACUUGUUUCUGAGGUUGGUUUUCUGGAGAAAAUAGCUAGCUAGCUGCGGUACUCGACAUGAGAGGAUGUUGAGUAUUCAAUUUCUUUUUUUCCUUUCUUUCUCUCUACUUUUAUGAUUGCAAGUUUUAAUUAAUUGCUUAUAUUUGGAUUGAUUGUACACCAUUUGUUUCUGUGAGAUUAUAAGUUUGGUGUGUAUUUCUUAUUGGCAAUGUCCAAAUUUGACU